AUGUGGUUGGAUGGGGAAGCUUGUGGCUCGUCUAGUGUUAGGAGCAGGUGGGGGCGCAUUUCUUUUGUAGGGCUACUCUGGUUUCUAGAUGGGUAUUACUGUGGGGUUGUGUUUGCUACAGUUCUGGAACUGGCUGCCUUUCACAUGCUUGGCUCAAAUCCAUGGCUUGUACAUCUUGUGAUCUGUCUUCUCGUUCCAGGUAACCAUCUCUCCUUGCUUUCUGGGCACCACUUUGAUUUUCUUUGGCUUUUAAACCCUUCAAGGUUUGACUCACUCUUCUGUUCAUCCGCUCCCUCAAUGGCCUUCACCAUAUGCUCAGAUAUUAGGCUUCCUUCUCCUCCACAGAGACCCGUCAUGGAAAGUUCCCCAGCAGAUUCUCAAGCUUCACUUUGGUUCUUUCCUGGAGCCUGUGGAAACUUUCAGAUCCAUUCCAUGUAUGGAAAGUUGGGGGAUACACAAGAGAGUCACGACAGGACCACUUUCCAGGAUGUUGCCCCUCCUUACAUGCCUAUCAUCUCAGGAGUUCCCAGUUAA